CGUCGAAUUUCGAAUGUCUCUGCUGCUUGAUAUGCUUCCGAGACGCUACCUGAAAGAGCACCAUCUGGCUGGUUUCGACAAGUACAAAUACAAUGCGAUUGACACUUCGCCGCUCGCCAACUACGUCAUGCAUCCGUUCUGGAAGGCACUCGUGCAGGUCUAUCCCAUGUGGUGGGCUCCGAAUGCUCUGACACUUCUCGGCUGUCUCUUCGUUGUAUUCAACUACUGUAUUCUCGCUUACUAUGACUUCGACUAUCACACAACCUGCAAUGACUUGGGUGUUGUGCGAGAGCCAAUACCGCGGUGGGUGUUUCUACUCUGUGGCAUAUUGCAUUUCAUGGGUCACACUCUGGACGGCACGGAUGGAAAACAGGCAAGACGGACAAACUCAAGUACUCCGUUAGGAGAGUUAUUUGAUCACGGUUUGGACACGUUUACUGUCACUACGAUAGUACAGUGUGCAUGCUCCAUCUAUGGAACGUGCUCACCUUGGGGUGCGAGUCUCUGGCUAAUGCACAUUGGACUGAUCACUUCACUCUUUAGCUUCUAUACGACACACUGGGAGAAGUUUGUCACCGGCGUCAUGUACCUUCCAUGGUCAUACGACGUCAGUCAAGUAGCAAUUUUGUUUGCGUAUAUUGCGUGCUGGUGGUCGGGCACUGAAGUGUUUCAUGUUAAAGUGUUUUGGGAUGUUGCGCCGGUGCAAAUCGUGGCCUUCAUUCUGUUUGGAUCGACAGCAGCUGGCAUAGUUUCCAGUGUCUGGAAUAUUAGGAAUGCCGCAAAACAAGGAUCAAUACGGAUCUCGUCUCCAUCACCAGCCGGAUUCUUAGUCCAAUGCAUUCAACCGUUUUGCCCUCUUUUUAUGGCAUACAGUUUGAUCAUAGUUUGGGCAGUGUUUUCGCCAGCAAACAUAAUGGAGUCCCAAACGAGGCUCUUCUUUCUGAUGGAGGGACUUCUAUUUUCAAAUUUUUGUUGCCGAUUGAUUGUCAGUCAGAUGUCGAGCACUCCAGCCGACUCGUGGAACUGGCUACUGUCUCCAUUGUUGGUGAUUGUACCUCUGGCUUUGCAAAGUCUAGCCAACGAAACCAUGAUGCUUGUGUUGUAUGUGGCAGUUAUUGCCAUUUAUCAUCUUCACUAUGGAGUUUCAGUCAUGCGAGAACUGUGUGACCACUUGAAUAUCUAUUGUUUCUCAAUAGAGAAGCCUCAACGAGACCCUCGUAAGGAUUAGUUUUAUGCCUAAUUAAAUUAACAGAGUCUGAGUCGUAUACACUCAUAUCUACAAGAAUUACUGUGUAACGACACAUUCAUCUUUAACUUAAUUAAUAAUAUGGUAUCACUUUUUGUUCAUUAAUAUUAAUUUAUAACAAAACCAAAAUGUGAGUGGUGAAAUUAUUAUGUAUUGAUUA